AUGAGCAUGGGCAACACGCAAUCAACGGUGCGCUAUCUCGCGCCCGCAUCGUUCAUCUAUGACUUUGCAGCGCAGCAAUAUGGCAUUUUCUCCACGCCCAAUAUGAUGGAUAUUCACAACCGGAACCUGGCUGCUUUCUCACCAUACCCGUACUUCAUCGGCGCCUUCUUCUUCCCCCAGCAAAUCUUCCAGCUGGCGUGGUUGUGGAAGCUGUGGAAGCAGGAUGGAAACGAGCAGGAGCGUGCCAUGAUGAAUAAGUUCGCUUGGUGUUAUAGUUUGGGUAAUUUUUGUAUCGGAACUUGGAUGUUCUUCUGGAAUGCGAAUGACCUAGCGACUUCGAACAUCUUUGUGAUAAUCAACACGCUGGCGCAGGUGGCCUACAUCUCGACGAUGCUCGAGCCGCUGGAUACACGCUCAACACCCAACUUUCUCACGCAUAUUGUUGCGAAGACGUUUGCUGGUAUUGGUGUGCUGGACCUCUUGCACAACACAUCAGCCGCAUACUAUGUUGGUGUCGAGCCCAGCUCCCUCGUGCAGGUCGCGACGGGCAUUGGUUUCGCCGCUGCGGCAAGCGUGAGCGACUGGAUCUUUGGUGGCUGUCUGGUAUACGAUCUAGUCGCACUGUCUGUAGGACAAGAGGGCAGCUGGUCGAGGUUGCUGGGCGGAUACGCAGCCAUGACAGCGGGUAUCGUGGGCUUCAGGAACUUUUUCUAUCCUCGAUGGAAGGGCCAGACGCAAGGCGGAUAUUCGAAGAUCGGAAGUGGCGGUGAUGAUGCUUAG